AUGAACGCUUGCUGGCUGUGCUUGCUGCGCAAGGGUUCGUCCGCGCCCUCCAUAUCUGGUGGACCGCUCGAGUUCGACGGCCUACCGCUCGAGUUCGACGGCCACUACUCCAUAGCAAGCAGCUUCAAGCCCAGCUACGACUCAGAAUCGACCUCCAGCGAGGACUUCGACGUGUCGGAGUACGACGAAGUCUACGCGGCCUACCACGACGCGCGCAAGCGCUUCAACGACUUGAAGCUUGCACGAGGCCACUACAUGGUGGACCUGCUCGAGGACAUUGACGACCAGACGAAGGACCCGAAGCUCGACUUCGAGUACGAAGCGGUCGACUUCAGGGAGUUCACGGACGGCGACAGUGGUGGAGGCACCAACAGAGGCAUCGUCAUCCGGGCCAGCGGCGGCAGCAGCUUCAGCAACACCAGAGGCACUCUACCCGACCCUGGACUGAGCAGCGCGGUACCAGUACCGGACCUCGACGAUGCUGACGACGAACUCGCAGCUCUACAGCUGAUGGUCACCAGUCAGGAUUUGCCAUUCGGCUGGGAGUUCGACGGCACGGAGGCGAAGCUCAGCGACAUCUUCGUGGACAUCAGCACGAGGAACAUGACGCCCCACGAGCGCGCGGCGUUCAUGCAGGGCAAGCGGAAGGAGCUGACGGAGUUCUUCGACAAUGACGUCUGGGAGUUUCACAAGCCCACCGGCGAGGAGGACCCUCGGUGGAUACUCAAGGCGAAGUGGGUGCUCAAGUGGACGAAGAAGGCACACCACGUGCCAAGGCGCGGCUGGCACUGCAAGGUGCCCAAAGAUGCGGCAGAGCUCAUGGGUAUCGAGCCGGAUACUCUUAUGAAGUUCAUUAAGCCAAUGUACGGCCAGGUGGACGCACCAAGGCGUUGGUGGCUACGCGCGGUAGACGACCUGAGGGCCAGCGGUCUCAAGCAGCAUCCCCUGGACCCCUGCAUGUUCCUCAGCUUCGAUGAGGACGGCAACUGUGACGGGUUCAUUCUACUUUACGUGGACGAUAUGCUGGGAGGUGGAGAUCGGCGGCCGGGCAGUAACUACAGUCGGGCUAUCACCGAGGUGAAGCGGAAGUUCAAAUUCAGGAAAUGGAUCGAAGACGACAAGAUGGACUACUGCGGCAGCGACGUGACGCAGACCCCGCACUGGGAUAACCCGAAGUCGAACAGCAGCGAGAUUGAGGUGAAGAUGGCGACCUACGCGAAGAACCUGAAGCCCAUCACAAUCGACCAGAAGAGCAGUGACAACACGAGGGAGCUCACUAUCAAGGAGAAGCGGCAGCUACGAGGCCUACUCGGAGCGUUGCAUUGCCCAAGCUCUCAGGCGUGCCCGCACCUUUCGGCUUCGGUCAGCAUUCACCAAAGCCAACUACCUACGGCAACGGUUGGCACGGCCAAGGAGGCGAACAAGACGCUGCGGUUCUACAAGCAGAACUCGGACGUCGGGGUCAAGAUGAAGAAGAUCGGCCAGGCAGCAGCAGCGGGCAUGGAUGGCUUGGAGUUUGCGAAGCGAUUCUGGGCAGCCAUGAUCUACGACGGCGUGGACACCACGAAGGACGAAAGCACUCACAUGGCGGGUGAGUCGGCAUUAGUUGUGGACGCAAAGGCGCUCUACGACGCGGCCCAGAAGGAGAGCAUCACUAGCUUCCAGGACAAGCGGACCGGCAUCGAGGUGCUAGCGCUGCGUGAGAGGAUGGAGGCUACAAUGACACGCUGGAGGUGGGUAUCUUCAGAGAGGCAGUACGCGGACGGGCUCACGAAGAUCGCGGCGAGACAGCUCCUCGCCGACCGUCUGCGAUAUGGGAGGCUACAGCUCAAGCACGACCCGAAUUACACGGCGGCGAAGAAGAAGACCAAGGAAGAGCGACAGGAGAGCAUAGAUCAGACGAGGCCGGUGACAUCGGCGGUGACGCGGAAGGCGACGACACCAUUCAUGCAGUUGGCAGUGUUCGCAACUUGCUGUUGCAGAUCGGCGGCCCGUUCAGGCUACGACAUGAAGGACGAGAACGACGGCCACGGUAUUGCGAUCUGGUUUGCAAUGUUUUUCCUACUUCUUGGGUUAUGUGGAGCCUACCCUGUUGCAUCCUACCUGAUCAAGAUAAAGGAGGCUGAGUACAAAUACAAGACGGAGCUGGCGGUUCUACGGGCGAAGGCCGAGAAGGAGCGGAUCGAGAAGGAGAGCGAGCCGAAGGAAGCACCAAGAGACGAGCGCGGCGGCUCGUCGAACGAUCUGUACGCGGCCAGGACGGUGGGAGUGCAGAGUAUGACGACAUACAAGCUCAGCGGAGACGUCUGGAGGUUUCAGCAUCAGACGCAGGGCGUUCGCAGAGCGGGCGAG